AUGGGAUCCUCCUUGCGAUGGGGCCUUUUAAACAUCACAAGACGAGUUGAGACUUUGAGUGGAUUCUCUGAGCUCCCUUCGACAAAGCCAACGUUCCACUUCACGACAAUCUCGCGGGCCGUCUACUUUAUCCCACACUCCGAUGUCAAGCGACUCAAUCCGACAGACGAGAAUACAUUGGGCAAUUGGGCUCCCAGAAAAUCGACCGGCGAGAUUGAGAUUGAGAUUGAGCUUGAGCUUGGCCUUAGCACGGAUGCUCUCGAAAGCUGCAGCAGCGAUCAACGCACAUUAAUCGAUAAGGCUCAAAUUGUAUGGAUCAUCCCAAGAUCGAUCGUCGUCCACUACAAAUUUUCUGUUUUCCCACCAGGGUCUAAGCUCAGUCUCACUGAGAGGCACAGGACAUACAGUUCGGGACAGCAUCCGUCAUUGACAUCUCAUAUACGGAACAAGCUCCGAGUAGGUGUAGGCCCACGGGACUAUUGUUUUGAAGGCAGCUGGCUUGUCUACCUUGUAGGAUGCUCUCACUUGGCCUUCUUUAGCAGAAACUGA